AUGUCUUAUCCUACCAAAAGUUGCUUAAGAAAGAACGACGAUACAGCAACGACCUUCGACUUUUUACAGGAGGAUAAUGGCAUUAACCCUUUUGCGCCGACGUGUGAUAAUACAGCGACUUUCACAUUACGUAAUUUAGAAGAUACCGGGAUUAUAGAUGAAAACGGACAAAAACGUCGUAAAUCCACAGGGCGAAGAGUUAGCUUUGCAACAACAGCGCAUAUUCGUUUAUAUGUCAAAGAUGAUGCUGCGAAUGGAUUACCAGCUUCAUCAAAUGGGAAUAAUGACGUGCCACCCCCAAAGGUUGACUCGAAAAAACAAGAUCCACCCUCAAUGGGGGUGCAAGAUAUGUCUCUUAAUGGAGAAGAGGAUAUGUCAUUAGUUAUUGGACAUGACUCAAUAUCCUCUGAAACAUCCAAUGAUACGUUGAAAAAAAGGGUUGACUCAGAAAAACAAGAUCCACCCUCUAUGAGAGUGCAUGAUAUGUCACUUGAUGGAGAAACGGAUAUGUCACUAGUUAUUGGACAAGACUUGAUAUCCUCUGAAACAUCCAAUGAUACCUUGAAAAAAAGUGUUGAAUCGGAAAAACAAGAUCCACCCUCUAUGGGGGUGCAAGAUAUGUCACUUGAUGGAGAAGAGGAUAUGUCAUUAGUUAUUGGACAAAGCUCAAUAUCCUCUGAAACAUCCAUUGAUACGUUGAAAAAAGGGGUUGACACGGAAAAACAAGAUCCACAUUCAAUGGGGGUACAAGAUAUGUCACUUGAUGGUGAAGAGGAUAUGUCAUUAGUUAUUGGACAGAGCUCAAUGUCCUCUGAAACACCCAAUGAUACGUUGUUUAACGUUCCUGAUGUUUCUUUAAUUGAAAAUGAGAAAAUGCCACUUGUUGAAGGUGUCACGACUACAUUUGCUGAUGAGGAAGAUGAUAUGGAUAUAGAUGAAGAUUACAUCCCUACUCCCGAUGUCACUUCCGAAGAAUUACGUAUCAUGAAAGAAGCUAUCGAAGAACAAAGUGCUCAAAUACAAAUAUUCGAGGCUGAACGUGAUAACCUCAUAAAAGAGUUACGUAAUCUCCAGAGUCAACGCACUAAAUUACAAAACGAAAAGACGGAGUUGAAUAAAGGCAUUGAUGAGGCUAAACGUCUUGCUCAUGAAAAUAAAUGUUUCACAGAAGAGGAUCGGAUAAGAUAUCGUGAUCAAUAUGAAAAUCUUAUCGCAGCUCAUUUAUGGCGACCAGUAAAGCUAUCCGACGAAUUCACAUACAUGAUUUAUGACAAUAGUUUGGAAGUGAAAAUCAAUUUGAAACCAGUUUCGGGUCAGGGAGAAAGUAUUACAUCCAUUAUUGACGUGUCGUUAAUCGCUAAUGACAAAAUGAAUACCGAGGACAAACAAUAUUACCAGUUAAUGCUUUGCGGGAUACAUGAAUUUAUUAUGCAGAAUAUCAAUGGGCCUAUACAGAUAGCUGAAAUUUCGAGAAUCCUUAAAGACAUUGUGUCAUAUUGGCAAAAAGUUAAGAAGUUAUAUCGGGAAAUAUUUGUUCUUAGUUUCAGAUUUCCGACCGAACUCAUCGCGAGUAAUGAUGACAAUGCAAAAUUAGAUGUGUUGUCAUAUCCUAUGCUAGAAAAUAUAGAAUGGCGAUUGGAUCAUUCUUAUGGGGAUAUUGAGUAA